CUACUAUACUAAUAGCGGUGAAGUUGCUCCUACCACGACUGGAGUCUGAAUUGCGGCCUAAUCCAACCUUAUCUUGACACGUCACCCAAUACCAACCGCAUUAAAUUAAUGUAGCAGUGGCGCUAAUUUCCAUUCUCAGCACUAAAACACACUUCCCUUUUCAAUUUAACCAAUCACACGUCGGUCGCUUAGAAGGAGAGAUGACGCUAAAAUUAUACGUAGAUCGUAUGUCCCAACCUUCCCGUGCAAUUAUCAUCUUCUGCAAGUUAAAUGGAAUCGACUUUGAGGAGGUCCGUAUAGAUCUAUCCAAACGCCAACACUUGACUCCUGAAUUUAAAGAUGUUAACCCCAUGAAGCAAGUACCAGCUAUAAUAGAUGGAAGAUUUAAGCUUUUCGAAAGUCAUGCAAUUCUUAGAUAUCUGGCUUGUGCAUUUCCAAGAAUUGCAGAUCAUUGGUACCCAGCUGACUUAUACAAAAGAGCAAAGGUAGACUCUGUGUUGGAUUGGCAUCACUCUAACUUGCGUCGUGGUGCAGCUGGAUAUGUCUUUAAUACUGUUCUUGCUCCUGCUUUUGGGUUGGCUUUGAAUCCACAAGCAGCAGCAGAAACUGAAAAAGUCCUUAAGACAUCUCUUGCAAAGAUCGAGUCUGUUUGGCUCCAGAAAAAAGGACGUUUUUUGCUUGGGAGCGGCCAACCUUCAAUUGCAGAUCUUAGCUUAGUGUGUGAGAUUAUGCAACUUGAGGUUUUGGAUGAGAAAGAUCGUGAGCGGAUAAUUGGCCCAUACAAGAGAGUUUUGAAGUGGAUUGAUGACACAAAGGAUGCCAUGGAACCUCAUUUCCAAGAGGUACAUUUGAUUCUCUUCAAAGCUAAAGAGAAGUUCCAUAAGCAAAGAUACACUGUAGGAAGUAGCAUUCCUCAAUCGAGCAGAAAACCCGACUUGCACUCGAAGAUGUGAGAAAGCAAUUAGGAGCCAUGCGCUGAAUUGUGCUCGCAGUAUGACGAUGCACCAUGGCGAAUAACGGGAUAAACAAUGUGUAUGUGAAAGCUGAUACAGGAAGGACAAUUCAGAUCCAAGCUUUCCUUAUUCAUUUUCUUUAUGUAUUUGUUCUUAUAAAAUAAGUGUUACGAUUGAUUAUCCUAGUCCACAGAAUAUGUAAUCAGACAAGCUGAGGCCUGCGAGUCCCUUAAUCUUGGUUAUACAUCUGUUACUUCUUCACUGUAUCAAAUAUAUGUGUUUUGAAUAUUAUUUAAGAAUGUCAUGUGCAAGGUGAACUAUUUCUAGCGCC